GUCAGCGAGAAGGUCGGAGGGGCUGAAGGGACCAAGCUAGACGAUGACUUCAAGGAAAUGGAAAAGAAAGUGGACCUGACCAGCAAGGCAGUUACAGAAGUGCUGACCAGAACAAUAGAGUACCUCCAGCCGAACCCGGCUUCCAGAGCCAAGCUAACCAUGCUCAACACCAUGUCGAAGAUCCGUGGGCAGGUGAAGAACCCCGGCUACCCGCAGUCGGAAGGGCUGCUGGGGGAGAGCAUGAUCCGAUACGGCAAGGAGCUGGGUGAGGACUCCAACUUCGGCGACGCGCUUCUUGAUGCUGGCGAAUCUAUGAAGCGGUUGGCUGAAGUGAAGGACUCGCUGGAUAUCGAAGUCAAACAAAAUUUUAUUGAUCCCCUCCAGAACCUGUGUGACAAAGACCUGAAAGAGAUCCAGCACCAUCUCAAGAAGCUGGAAGGCAGACGCUUGGACUUCGACUACAAGAAGAAACGUCAGGGCAAAAUCCCCGAUGAGGAACUUCGACAGGCCAUGGAGAAAUUUGAAGAAUCCAAGGAAGUAGCGGAGACCAGCAUGCACAACCUUCUAGAAACUGAUAUCGAGCAGGUGAGCCAGCUCUCGGCCUUGGUGGAUGCCCAGCUGGACUACCACAGGCAGGCCGUGCAGAUCCUGGACGAGCUUGCGGAGAAACUCAAGCGCAGAAUGAGGGAGGCCUCCUCGCGUCCCAAGCGGGAAUACAAGCCCAAACCCAGGGAGACAUAUGACUUCGGAGACACUGACCAAUCUAACGGGGGCUUCUCCUGCAAUCCCACCCCCAAAGUCUCAGCAGCUUCCUCCUCUUUCCGAUCCGACAAGCCGUCCCGGGCCUCCGUCAGGAGUAUCC